GCUGUUAGUGACCCUGUGGCGUAUCUCAAUGGGACCGGGAACUUAAAGAUAGCCAGGAUGGCAGAAAAUGGUGAUAAUGAAAAAAUGGCUGCUCUGGGGGCCAAAAUCUGUCAUCAAAUUGAGUAUUAUUUUGGUGACUUCAAUUUGUCACGUGACAAAUUUUUAAAGGAAUAGAUCGAACUGGAUGAAGUCUGGGUAUCUUUGGAGAUAAUGAUAAAAUUUAAUAGGUUAAACCGUCUAACAACAGACUUUAAUGUAAUAGUAGAAGCAUUGAGCAAAUCAAAGGCGGAACUUAUGGAAAAAAGUGAAGAUAAAACUAAAAUUAGAAGAUCUCCAAGCAAACCCCUCCCUGAAGUGACUGAUGAGUAUAAAAAUGAUGUAAAAAACAGGUCUGUUUAUUUUAAAGGCUUCCCAAUUGAUGCAACCCUUGAUGACAUAAAAUAAUGGUUGGAAGAUAAAGGUCAGGUACUAAAUAUUCAGAUGAGAAGAACAUUGCACAAAGCAUUUAAGGGAUCAAUAUUUGCUGUAUUUGAUACCAUUGAAUCUGCUAAGAAGUUUGUCGAGACCCCUGGCCAGAAGUACGAAGACACAGACCUGCUAAUACUUUUCAAGGAAGAUUACUUUGCAAAAAAAAAUGAAGAAAGAAAGCAAAAUAAAAUCGAAGCUAAAUUACGAGCUAAACAAGAGCAAGAAGAAAAACAAAAGUUAGCAGAAAAUGCUGAAAUGAAAUCUCUAGAAGAAAAGAUUGGCUGCUUACUGCAAUUCUUGGGGGACUUAGAUGAUCAGACGUGUAGAGAAGAUUUGCAUAUCCUUUUCUCAAAUCAUGGUGAAAUAAAAUGGAUAGACUUUGUCAGAGGAGCCAAAGAGGGAAUAAUUCUGUUUAAAGGAAAAGCUAAGGAAGCACGGGAUAAAGCAAAAGACGCAAAUAAUGGUAACCUACAAUUAAGGAACAAAGGGGUCACCUGAGAAGUACUAGAAGGAGAUGUGGAAAAAGAAGCAUUGAAAAAAAAAAAAGAAGAUCAACAAGAAUCCCUAAACAAAUGGAAGUCAAAAGGUCUCAGAUUUAAAGGAAAAGGAAAGGGAAAUAAAGCUGCCCAGAUUGCGUCUGCUAAAGGAAAAGUGUUUCAGGGCAAGAAAACUAAAUUUGACAGUGAUGAUGAACACGAUGAAAAUGGUGCAUCUAGACCAGUAAAAAGAGCAAGAGAAGAAACAGACAAAGAAGAUCCUGCAUCGAAACAACAGAAAAUGGUGCCGGAGACCAUUAGAGGUCCGGCUUCGCUGACUGUCAGCCUCAAGGUGGUCCUCGAGGCGGAGAGCGCGGUGAGAGGUGAAUGGCGGCGUUCUACGCGGGGCCUUCGAGGCCCCUGGCUGAUGGUCUGGGAGGCCACAGGGGGCCCUGGCUCUCCUACCAGCGAGGGUGCUACUCUGCUGCGCUCCGGAGCGGACAGGGCCAGCCCAGCCGGCAGUGCACUGUCUGCGGCCAGCCGCCCGCCACCUUCCCACGUCCAGCUGUGCGCCGGGCGCCCCUGUCCUGACGUGCCCCUUCCCCUCCGCUGCCCUGCCGCGCACUCCGCCGCGCGGCGGCCAGAUGUGCCGGCUUUGGUGCUGUCGGGCCCUAACGAGGUCCAGAUGUGCAGCCUGGCCUGGGCCGGUGGCGGCGGCUACCAAAGGAGAGGGAGGCCCUGGGAGGGAGGAGCCCGGCUGCAGCUGGACGCCCGGUGCUGGAGGAGGAAUGCACUAGGAAGGAUUCCUGCAGGAAUGCGAGCUGGGGUGACUCUGCCUAAAUAA